GUUCAAACCUGUCACCACAACUGUCAAGUGUCACAUUUUUCACGUGUUUACAGCUGCAUGAAGCAUUUUUACAAGUUUCUUGGAUUUUUGGUAGUUUCGUCUUAUUUUAAUUUAAAUCAUGGGAAAAAUCAAGACUGAACCUAUCGAGCAAGACACUUCCGUUGUAUCUGUAGCGAAUGUAACAGUCAAAGAAGAGGACUCUUAUGAUGACAAACUAAAGUAUGUGAACAGCAUUGCACAGCCAAUGGCCUCGAAGAAAAUGUCCAAAAAGUGCUAUAAACUUAUUAAGAAGGCGAUGAAACAUAAAACUUACCUGCGUAAUGGUCUUAAGGAUGUGCAGGCUCGUCUACGCAAAGGCGAAACUGGCAUUUGCAUCUUCGCUGGUGACGUGACACCCAUUGAUAUUAUGUGCCACUUGCCGGCUGUUUGCGAAGAGAAGGGCAUACCGUACGCCUACACACCAAGUCGUGCUGAUUUAGGUGCCGCUNUAUUUAGCAGUUUUAUGUCUACUUUAGCUUAA